AGACAGACCAAGGAGGGGGGCUGCUGACAAUGGGCUCAUGAGUGUGUGAUGAGUGUGUGAUCAGUGCUGAAAAGGGCACUGACAGUCGACUGAAUCAACGAAAACGAACCUCUCCAUCUGGCUUGUGCUGCAGGUUUCUCAACAUGUCCACUGGCAAGUGUUCCCUGUGCAUCGCUACGUGUCUGUACCCACUGGCCGUCAUAUCCAUCAUCUGCAACAUCAUGCUGUUCUUCCCCCCUGAGAAGGACUAUUAUGAACCAAAUAUACAUAUUGCUGAGGAAGUGGGGGGACUCGUUGGAGGGGGAAUAAUGGUACUGGGCUCAGCAAUUUACAUCCACUUGACUGGAAAACGAGAUUGCUGUGGAGAUCGCUGUGGGAUGUGUGGGUCUAUUCCAGUUGCUGCAGUGGGUGCAGCUGGUGCCUUGUACAGUUUAGUUAUGGCGGCGUUCGGGCUGCAUUACGGGGUGCUAUGCAAGGGCAAGCCAGUGUUUUACAGCAUCAUUGGCAUCUUGUAUGGGAUGAGACCAUGCCCACACCCCGAGGUCAAUCAGAUCUACAUUUCACUCUUCACCACUCUGGUUACCACGAGUGCCCUGCAGAUGAUGCUCUGCGGGAUCCAGAUGAUCAACGGCCUCAUUGGCUGCCUGUGUGGAACCAGCACCAACCAAAGGCCACGAGCCCAGCUAAAUGUAUCAGCUACCUUGCUGUAGAUAGAGGAAUCGCAUCAGGAAGGGCAUCCGGUUUAAGAAGUGCCAAUAACAACCAUGCGAAUCAAACACUGUGGCGCAAGGAUAUUACUUACAGCAAAGGUCCCUUGCGUCUGACUGGCGCCCCCUGCUGGAGCACUGAGAAAGCCUCGCUGGCUGCUUCUGCCUCCGUUUUCCCUUACAACCAGUUUGUUUUUCACAUCAUCUUCUUAUAUUUUUAUGUUUAAUAUGAUGCUUUGUACUUCUUUGAUUUAACCAGUGCGCAAUUAAGAAAUUCCUUAUGCCUUUUGUUCAAAACAACUGCCUUUAUAAAUAAAUAACAAAGUAUAACAAAUCACAAGACAACUUU